CCCGUCACCGAAGUCACGUGCGCGCCGACGUCACAAAGUCACGUGAGAGAGACGAGCUCCGGCCAGAGGAAGAAGCGGAGCGAGAGAGACGCGAAGGGGGAAAUUAACCAUUAAAGAAUAACGCUUAAACAUUAUUAUUAGUAGUAGAAGUAGUUGUUGUUAAAUAAUAACAAGUUACACGAUCGUCGACACAACUACGACGUCGUCGUCGUCAUUAUUAUUAUUUACAGGGUCCGCAGAGUCAGAAGAGGUUGAGCGAGGAGGUUGAAUUAGCGGGGGAUCUGAUCCGGAGCUGUCGCGGUGGUUCAGUCAUGGCCGCGCUCUCUCUUCUCUACGGCGGUGUCUCGCUCGCCUUCUGGAGCACGUUGACCAUCGUGGGGAUUUGCUACACUAUCUUCGACCUCGGAUUCCGGUUCGACAUCGGAUGGUUCCUGACCGAGACGUCCCCGUACAUGUGGGCCAACCUUGGGAUCGGCCUCGCCAUUUCGCUGUCCGUGGUCGGAGCUGCCUGGGGCAUCUACAUGACCGGCUCCAGCAUCAUCGGCGGCGGAGUGAAGGCACCGCGCAUCCGCACCAAGAACCUGGUCAGCAUCAUCUUCUGUGAAGCCGUCGCCAUCUAUGGAAUCAUCAUGGCCAUCGUCAUCAGCAACCUCGCCGAGCCUUUUAAAGGAGCCAUCCCUGAGCUCAUUGGUAACCGCAACUACCACGCAGGCUACGCUAUGUUCGGGGCCGGCCUCACCGUCGGCUUCUCGAACCUCUUCUGCGGAGUGUGCGUGGGGGUGGUGGGGAGUGGAGCGGCGCUUGCCGACGCGCAGAACGCUUCUCUCUUCGUCAAGAUCCUCAUCGUGGAGAUCUUCGGCAGCGCCAUCGGCCUCUUCGGCGUCAUCGUCUCCAUCCUGCAGACAUCGAAAGUGAAAAUGGGAGACUGAGCCUUACAAGUGACAGCUGCUGUUGGUGACCAGAACGCACGUUCAGUCCACAACCAGCGAACGCACGACUCCUAACCCUAAUCCCAUGCACAUACACUUACACACGUACAUACAUGUGUAUACACACGAGCUUGUACACGAGCCACACACUGUCAUACAUUAAACACACAACCAUUAUACAUAGACCCACACACAACCCACACACACUCACACACAUAAUAUACACACCGCAAAGACAUACACCCACACAUACAUCAUUCACAUGUAUACCCAUUCACUUAUGCACAUAUCCCACUCACACAUGCAAAGACACACACACACAUAUCAACCCACACAAAUACACACAACCCACAUGCAUAUACACACACACACACCGUACAUGUGCACGCACACACCCCUAUACACCAACUGCCCCGCAUGAUGCCCACGCAUACAUGCGUGCACACCCCGCGUGAACACCCACCCCGCACACACACACACUCUGCACACACACCCUGCACUCGAACACCCACCCUGCACAUACACACAUCUGCCUAAGGACACCUACGAGCGCGCUCUCUGGAAACUCCCCCUGUUGAAGCUUAACACUGGGCGGCCACCGCUAAAAUCACCGCAGGCGCAGCGUUUAUUCGUGACUACAAACCGGUCCGCUGCACGAGAGCCAUCCUCGCUCCUCUGCCGGCACCUGAAGGCUCUUCGAGACAUUUCGAUUCAGUCCUCGCCGAUCGUAGCUGUUUCCGAGGGAUUGAUAUGAGAGCGUCUAUUUAAGAUUGAACUACCCAACGAGGUAUUGUGGGUGAGAGACCACUUGAUUAUUUUUACAAUCCCGUGUUGAGGGGGGGUGGCAGUCUUGGUGUAGAAUUCUUGACGUGUGCAUGUGUGGGCAGCUGCCAGAUUGUCAGGGGAAAGUUUCCAGUUCUGCUUGGGUGUGUGUGACCCGCCAGAACUGGCGUCAUUUACAGUUAUAAUUGUGUAAUUUGUAAUGAAAGCGGUCGAAAUUGCAGAUAGCAGUUAUAACCACACAUUAAUACCCUGAAUAAAACAAAGAUACACGCACCUUCACAACAACAACCGCCUUUCGCCACUUAAGUGGUGGUAAUAUCACCAUGGUGUUUGUGCCAGGCUCGGUGCACUUUGUGUGUGUGUCCACCACGUACAAAGACGUACACGUACCCAAGGUCACCUAAGUACAGAGACUCGCAACUCGAAACUCCCCCUGUCGCAGUUUAACCUCUUCCAGUCUGACCAUUGGGCCGGCACUGCGAACAAUCACUGCCGGGAGAGUCGAUGCUCAAGUACAAACAGAUCCGCUUCGCGAGACGCACUCGCACUACCAUCGCGUCAAGGCUCUCUCGCUCUGAAGGGCUGUUCCUUUUACAUAGAUUUCUGUUUCAUCCGCACCGAUUCUUAUUUGUACGUAUGUUGAACUUCUUUCGCACCGUACGUAGCCGACCGUGCUAGUCGGUGGUGCGGGGGGAAGGAUAACAAACUAAACACAAAAAGCAGUUGUAAAGAGAUGAGUUUUCAGUCGAGAUUAUUUAAAAGUGCAUAGCUCCAGUGGCUUCCGCAUAUCGAAAGGAAGAGCGUUCCAGAGGGCUGCAGAAGCGCCUCUGAAAGCGCGCGAUGCGGUGACCGUCUUUGUCCAAAUGGCUAGCCAAAAGCCGCUGCUUGCGAGGAUGACCGGAAUUUGCGUGACAGCUUAUGCUCCUACUCAUUGACGAGAUCAGCAAGGUAUUGUGGUUAAUUUGUUGCAAGCACUGGUGUCUAAUGAGUGCGACAUUAUAAUGCGAGCUGUUUGAGAUGAGUGCCCGUUGCCGAUUUUGAACGCCUACCGUGGUAGGGGCGGACUCGCCGAUUCACGGACACCGCUUUACGAAUCUCCACGGUCGAUCCGUGCCUCGUAGCAGGCCACAUGUAGACUACCUGGCAUGUGCUUCUGAACGAGAGCUGGUCAUCGGUAGUUGGGGAGGAGUUUCCAAUUGUGUCAGUCUAUCCGUGUGUGUGUGUGCGUGUGCUAGACCUGGAGUCGGUUACAAAUGCGUUAUCGCGUCACUUUGCAAUCGCAAUGCAAGUGCAACAACAACAAAAAAAAACAAUAUCGGGAUUGCGGUUGCAGCCAACAUCGCUGCUGUUCUCGUGGUUGGUUCCAGCUCUGGUACGUGCUCGCUUGCCAAUGCGCUCGCGCGCUUUCAUCUGCACUCUCUGGCCAUGCACAUUCGGGCUAUGCGCACCCACGUGCUGGGUCGUGUGCCGUGGGACACGUGGCAACGGAGAAGCGUGACGGACGUUGUAACAUGUGGGGGUUUUUUUUAUUAAAAUUUCCAGCGUUGAUACAUUCCAUGAUUGGAUUCAGAAUGUAAUCGCCAAUCACCAGGAAUGUGUCCUGUUUCGUAAGCCAAGCAGAGACGAGCCUGGAUAAUGUUUGGAUGGGCGAUCACAACGUACAAAAUUUGUAUUGUAUAGUACCGCUGUUGGGCUACAUUGCCAGCAGAAGGCGGCAGUUCAGCAUCUAUACUCCACCAACCAGCACUGCCCAGCGGGCAUUAUGGUCAAAUAACACCCAUGACCCACACAGCAUAAGGAGGCCCUCAGCCAGCAGUGGAUUAACUCGAGGACUGAACAUGUGAUUCUGACUCCACCCAACCAGUGGCGGUGCACAUCCGAGGUUGUCACAGUUUUGCCGAGGACAGUGGGACAUUCCAAACGGUUAUCAUCUCGGCUUGCUUAGCCAUUAAUAAACAACGCUGACUGCAUUGAUCACAAUUCACCUGUUUAUUUGCACUGCAAUUUAGUUAUUGCUGCACUGAAGCCGCGCGGCCGUAAUUUUUCCGGUCAUGUGUUUAGCAUCAUGCCACAUGUAUCGUUGUUCAAAGACGAAUAGAUGUUUGAGGCGAGCGAUUAUAUCACGAUUGCUUUCGGUUGCGUCUGGGGUACACGGACCUGAGCACAAACAACUGUCGAAUCACAACUAAGUAAAAACAGAGUAGACCCAAGUCUUCUUUCGCUGAAAGGUUUGGUCUGAUUUGUUUUGGCAGCAAAUCGGCUCCCUUAAAAAAAAUAACUCUUCCGUAAUUUUGCAUCUUUUUUUUCUUUCGUUAUGUUCAGGUGCGGGAGAGUAUUGAGAUUUGUUAAAAUGCACGCAGCCGAUCAAUACAAAGAGACACACGGCAACCUUGUUCGUUUCGGAAUGCUGUAUUAAUUCUUGCCACGUGUAAAUGGCUUAAACAGAAUUGAAUGUUUGGAAGUGGUGUAGUUGACGUGCGAAACGUGUGUAGUGUAAUGUGUGCUCGUCUAAACGUUCCUUCCACCCUCCCCUGGCUCCGGUGUGGUUUAGCAGUCGUGUGAGAGUAGCGGUAACCUCGUUGUGUGGCAGCAAAAACCCUCGAUGUGCUGUAUUUAAUUUUAAGAGGCUUGCCACGGUGCACCGUUUCCUCGCAUUGAGUGGCUUGCUUGUCGCUUGAGUGUCGCGCGAUUCCUUACGAACUUUAUGACCCCCACCACCACCACCUUAUCCUUCCUCUUUGAAAUGGUUACAGCCAGGGGGUUGUGCGCUGUGUCCUCGAAAUAGCAUGGGUGGAUGAAAUGCCACCACGUCCCGCACGCAUUGGAAGUGGGGUCGAUCGGCAAGGUCACGCGUGGUGUGGGUGAAGUAUGGGUACUCCCACCUCUUUAAGAUGUCUGGCUGGUGUGGAAGAGUAGGCCAAAAGAGCCCGAUAGAUCUCCCUCUGGUGAUGUGAGUAAUCGGUUUGAAGGGCUGCUCCUUUUACACACACAAACUUUUGGGGGGGGGGGGACCCCUAAAAAAAGAGAAUGUAAAAUCACGUUCGCACAGCUCGCCAGAGGCGUGCAAAUGCGGAUGCUGAUUUGAUGACGGGAUGCGUUUGCACUCGGUGCAGAUUUAUCACAAGCCAGGACAGCAGUCCCACUUUGGUACCGUGCUGCAACUCAUUGUGGCAAAGAAUUGUGUGUGUUGCAAAAUUGGCUUGUGAUUUUUUUUAAACUGUAAUUUGAUUGUUUUAUAUUGCUUUUUGUGUAUAUUAUACCAAGCAAUAUAAAUGCAACUCCUGGUUGUAAAUGCGCAAAAUUUUGCCUUUGUGGAAUAUUAUUGGUGGUUUGUAAGGAAAGUGAGUGGAUUAUCCCGGCAUUUCGAGGACACUCUGGGAGUUGCUUUUGCCCUGGGCUGUGCCGUUAAUUGAUUUGGUUCCCCAAUCCCCCCCCCCCCCCCAGUAUCUACGCGUGUUGAAUAUUCACGGACGCGCGGUGGGAAUUGUUGUAAAUUGCAAUGCUCAAUUAAAAUUUUAAAUAGUGUGAC